CAAAGUCCAGCUAUCUGGAAAGAUCCAAACCAACCCUAAAUUUGUGAUACACGUAUCGCACAAGGUGCCCGAUGACUCCGAAAAUGAUAAAACAACAACUGUGUUACGUAUUUCUCCUACUUAUCACUGCGCACCUGAUAGACGCCACCAUACCAACGAUUGAUAAUAUCGUCGAAAUUCUCCAAUCACCCACAUUCCAUCAAAUCAUACUACCUCAACCCUUGGUAGCUGCCGAUCCGACGGUAGCAGCAGCUGCAAAUCAUGAAACAAGCACGGUCAACGAUAUGCCGCAGGACGAGUCUCCGGCGCAGAAUGACGAAGCUCCUACCUUGAAGUUAGUAACGCGCGUUCUAGAUACGCUACGAUCGCCCCUUCCUGCCCAGCAGAUUAUACUGGUUCCGCAAAGGCGAGCCCUUCCCGGAUGUCCACUGUGCGAUGCUUCCGUGUACAGCUACUGUGACUACAAGGUUUACCACGAUGGAUGCUGUUGCGGAACCACGAACAGCGGUUACGGUCAAGGAUUUGGAGGGGGACUUUCCAACGGUAUCGGCUACGGGGGCUGCGGCUACCAGGAGGAUUGCAGUUUCCUUUACGCAAAUUCAUGCUACGAGCAUCAGCUGAUAGUGAAUUGUUGCUGCAACUCACCAUAUUGAAGGAUUUCACAAUGUUAAAUGAAAAGGACAACAGGAAUCCGAAGUACUAAUCACACUCUGGUGGUGUAUUUAUGUUGCUUCGACCGUUUCUCAACUGAUGUUGAAUUUAGUUUUAUAUGAUACGAAUCAUUUCGUCCGCGUUCACUCACAAUCAUUGCUCUCUAGUGUUAAAUUAUGCCUAGCACGUGGUUUCGCUCAUCUUAAAAAUGUUCUUCAAUAAAUGACUGACAGAAGAAA